AUGGGCUUUUCAAAUCCGUCCACAGCCUCGGUCCGGACCCCCGCCUCGGUCCAGACCCCCACCUCGGUCCAGACCCCCGCCUCGGUCCAGAACCCCGCCUCGGUCCAGACCCCCGCCUCGGUCCAGAUCCCCGCCUCGGUCCAGACCCCCGCCUCGGUCCAGAACCCCGCCUCGGUCCAGACCCCCACCUCGGUCCAGACCCCCGCCUCGGUCCAGAACCCCGCCUCGGUCCAGACCCCCGCCUCGGUCCAGAUCCCCGCCUCGGUCCAGACCCCCGCCUCGGUCCAGAACCCCGCCUCGGUCCAGACCCCCGCCUCGGUCCAGAUCCCCGCCUCGGUCCAGAUCCCCGCCUCGGUCCAGACCCCCGCCUCGGUGUUAUCAAUCAAAAUGGCCGCCGGCGUGAGGCGUGAGGAGCUGCUGCUGUCGUUGUGGGAUGAAAUGUGGAAGAAUGAACAGAUGCUGCUCGAUGUGUGA